UUGAGAGGUGAAAAUGAAAGAGAAAAAUUAUGUCCAUAAUCAAACCUAUCAUUUCCAAUGUAGUCAACUUCCUUAAUGAAACGACUCAUAUUUUUUUGGAACACUCAAUCAUUGCAUUUUCCCUGUUUUAAAGUGCGUUCAAGGUGAUUGUCGUCUUGAUUGAUUUGAAGAAAUGGCACUUGAUGUUGGAAAAUGGACCAUUUUCCACAUGGUUGAAGAUGCAAUUUUGCAAAUGGCAAAAAUGGUUUGUGUCUUCGGACCAAGUGGUAAUGAGGCUUUUAUUUUGACUGAAGAUAACGAUGUGUUUGCCCUUGGUGCCAAUGUUCAUGCUUGUCUUGCGCUUCCUAAUGGAACAAGCACACUUAAGCCAAAGAAAGUUGAAAAAUUGUCAAAUUUGGAUGUCCAGGAAUUUUCAUUUGGAAAUGCUCCACAUGUCCUUGCCCUUACUGGAUCUGGUGAAGUUUAUGGCUGGGGUGGAAACUCCUAUUCACAAGUUGGUCUUGCUAGCAGCUCAUCUGUUCAAAUUCCUACGUUGAUUGGCGGUGCUUUAGCUGGCAGACACAUCUCUAAAGUAGCUUGUGGGGGAAAUCACUCAAUGGUUUUAACAUCAAAUGGAGAAGUUUUUGCUUGGGGCUACAACAAUAGUGGUCAAAUAGGAUCUGGUUCUACUGUAAACCAAGCCACACCAAGAAAGGUUACUGCUGGCAUAGGAAGCAAAGAGAUUUUUUGUAUUGCUUGUGGACAGUCUUCAUCAAUGGCAAUCGAUAGCAAUGGAGAGCUUUAUUCUUGGGGUUACAACGGAAAUGGGCAACUCGGUCUUGGCUGUAACACCAAUCAACCAAAUCCGUGUCGGGUGACUGGACUUAUUGGAACGUUUGUUACUAAGGUUGUUUGUGGCUAUGCCCAUUCAUUAGCAUUAUCCGACACUGGAAAUGUGUUCUCGUGGGGUGCCAAUCAGAAUGGUCAAUUAGGCACUGGAAGCAAGGCUAAUGUUGUCACUCCAUUUAGAAUCGCUACGGACAAGGGAAGGUUUAUUGAUGUCACGGCAUGUCAUUACAGUCAUAUGUCCUCAGCCACAACGGCAUUGGGAAAGGUUUACGUGUGUGGUCUUUGUAAGGGCCAAUCAGUUACCUGUCUUACGGCAACAAAUUUUAAAUUUGCUGACGAUGCAUUUGGUUGUCUAUCCUCUCCUUCGUCUAUGUCUCGUCCUCUCUGUAUAGGGGACAAAAAGCCAUCAAAAACGGUUUCAGAAGCAAUCGCUUUGGCGUUUAACGAUGAGACAACAAGUGACGUCACGUUUAUCAUUGGUGAAAAAUAUGUCCACGCUCAUAAAGCAAUACUUAAAGUAAGAUGUGAAUAUUUCAAGACAAUGUUUCAAGAUCAUUGGGCUGAAGAUGGGCAAAAUGAAAUAAAGAUCACCACAUAUUCGUACCCAGUGUUCUAUGCGUUCCUGCGUUACAUAUAUACGGAUGAAGUUGAGUUGCCGCCAGAGGAUGCUAUCGGUUUACUUGAUCUUGCCAACGCAUACUGCGAGGUACAGCUGAAACGAUUGUCAGAAAUCAUCAUCAAAAAUGGCAUCACUGUUCAAAAUGCUAUUAUGUUGCUGGCUGCUGCUCUUAAAUAUGACGCCGAAGAUCUGGAAGAAUUUUGUUUUAAGUUUUGUGUCAAUCACAUGACGGCAGUUACGCAGACAGAAGCGUUUCAAAAGCUCGACGAAAAUACGUUGAAGGAUUUCAUUCUCAAAGCAUCCAGAUGGGGGGCUUUCAAGUACUAAGCCCUCUAAUGCUUUAUGCUUAUGAUGUUAUGAAAAACACAAAUACUUCUUUUCAUAGUUUGAGAGGGCUGCAUUCCCUAUGUGUUGAUAUGAAUUUUUUUAUAUGUAUGCAUGAUAUACAGUGUUAAGUUAUUUUGAAAUCAUUGAUAAGACUGUAUCUUAAUGUUGUGUUAGUUGCAGCCAAUACGAUGCCAUUGGCAAAAUUUUCUAAGAAGAACAAAUUUUCUUCGUGAUUUUGAAAAUGUCUGUCUUUAUUUCAUCAAAAAUCAAAGGACAUGAACAAAAAUGAUGAAAAUAAAAAAUUUUUGCAUUUCAAAGUUUUCAAAGUUUUGCAUUCAUUCGUAAGUGCCGUUAGCUAAAAUAUUGUUUAUUAUUUUAAUGGGAACUCUAUGUAAGUAAAAAAUUCGACAAUCUGCUCAGAAAGAUUUCUUGUUUGUGGAAACAUUGCAGCACAAAGUUACAUGAAAUUAGAGGAUGGUACUUUAUAUCGUUGUAUGUCGUUGGCUCUCGUCGGUUCCAUGUAAUUUCUUGUUGUAUUUGAAUAACAAUUAUUAAAACACCGUAGACCCUA